UUAAUUUUUCUUUCCACAAAUAACAUUAAUAUGAGUUUAAAAAAGUUAACUUCUUCAAAGAAAGAAAAAAAUCGUAUAUCUAAUCUAUUACAAAAUCCUUUUACUAUCACUAAAAGUAUUCAUCAAAAAAGAAUUGAUAUCUUAAAUGCUCAACAAAGUAAAAGUUUAGUAUCAGAUAAUUUGAAUAAUAUAACUUUAGAUUAUGAAAUUUUGGACAAUACAAUUUCAGAUAAUAAUAUUAGUUUAGAUACUAAUAAUACAACUGAUCUUGAUAUUAGCUUUCAAGAUAAUAAUAAUGAAGAACAGAAACCAAAAUAUGCACGUCUUACAAAAGAUAAUUGCAAGUAG